AUGUGCAUUGAUUACCGCCAGUUGAACAAAGUCACCAUCAAGAACAAGUACCCGUUGCCUCGUAUUGAUGAUUUGUUUGACCAGCUGCAGGGUGCUAGGGUGUUCUCUAAGAUUGACCUGAGGUCAGGGUAUCAUCAGCUGAAGAUUCGGGACUCGGAUGUCCCGAAGACUGCAUUCCGGACUAGAUAUGGCCAUUAUGAGUUUCUAGUGAUGUCCUUUGGCUUGACCAAUGCGCCAGCAGCAUUUAUGGAUCUGAUGAACAGGGUAUGCAGGCCUUAUAUUGAUUCUUUUGUUAUCGUCUUCAUUGACGACAUCUUGAUAUACUCGCGUAGCCUGGGAGAGCACGAGCAUCAUUUAAGAGUAGUGCUUAAGACCUUGCGAGAGCAGAAUUUGUAUGCUAAGUUCUCCAAGUGUGAUGUAUUACGGUAUAUUGUGAGCUUCACGCGUUGGUUUGGGAUGUGUGUUGAUGCAGGAGGGCCAGUUAUUUGCAUAUGCUUCGCGUUCAGUUGA